GGAACGUGCCCAAUAGGCGCGGGCGGAGCAGCGGGAGGGGGCGGUGCGGCGCCCGCGGCCGGGUAGGGUGUGAGAAGUUAGUGGCGCUGCUGCGGUGCCGUGAGGGGACGGAGACGGCUGGGCUCUUCGAGCGGCGGCGGCCUCGGAUCAGCGCGAUGCUCACGGACGGCACCGCCGCCCCCGUCGGCGACGAGGAGAUCGACUCGGUCGCUCCCCGCGCGCCGCCCGCCGACGAGCCCUCCGCCGCGGCCGGGCCCUCCCCACUGGGCUUGCGGGCCGUGCGCCUUUUCGGGGAGGCCGGGCCCGGCGGGCCGGGAGGGCCUGGUGCGCCUGCGGCUGCCGAGGCCGCCCUCGACUUCAAGCUGGCGGCCGCGGUGCUGCGGAGCGGAGGUGGCGGCUCAGGUAGCGACGAGGACGAAGUGUCCGAGGUUGAAUCCUUUAUUUUGGACCAAGAAGACCUUGAUAACCCGGUACUUAAAACCACAUCAGAGUUGUUCUUGUCGGGUGCUGCCGAAGGUACAGACUUGAGAACUGUGGAUCCAGAAACACAAGCAAGACUAGAAGCCUUACUGGAAGCAGCAGGGAUUGGUAAAUUGUCCACUGCCGAUGGCAAAGCCUUCGCAGAUCCAGAGGUGCUCCGAAGACUGACGUCAUCUGUCAGCUGUGCGCUGGAUGAAGCCGCUGCGGCGCUCACGCGGAUGAGAGCAGAGAAUAAUCACAACGCAGGACAGGUGGACAAUCGCAGUUUGGCAGAAGCAUGCUCAGAUGGGGAUGUCAAUGCUGUCCGGAAGCUGCUGGAUGAAGGAAGAAGUGUGAAUGAACACACUGAAGAAGGGGAGAGCCUCCUUUGUUUGGCCUGCUCAGCAGGAUAUUAUGAAUUGGCACAAGUGCUGCUAGCAAUGCAUGCAAACGUUGAGGAUCGAGGGAAUAAAGGAGACAUAACUCCCUUAAUGGCAGCUGCCAGUGGAGGCUAUGUAGACAUUGUGAAGCUUCUCCUUGUUCACUGUGCAGAUGUCAAUGCACAGUCUUCAACAGGGAACACAGCUCUCACUUACGCUUGUGCUGGGGGCUUUGUUGAUGUAGUGAAGGUACUAUUGAAAGCCGGUGCCAAUAUAGAAGACCACAAUGAGAAUGGGCAUACCCCCUUAAUGGAAGCAGCCAGUGCAGGUCAUGUUGAGGUUGCAAGAGUACUGCUGGAAUAUGGUGCAGGAAUCAACACUCACUCCAACGAGUUCAAAGAAAGUGCACUUACGCUUGCAUGCUAUAAAGGCCAUUUAGAUAUGGUUCGUUUUUUGCUGGAAGCUGGAGCUGAUCAAGAACAUAAAACGGAUGAGAUGCACACGGCGCUAAUGGAGGCCUGCAUGGAUGGGCACGUGGAGGUGGCACGCCUGCUGCUAGACAGUGGUGCCCAGGUGAACAUGCCUGCGGAUUCCUUUGAAUCCCCGCUGACGCUGGCGGCCUGUGGGGGACAUGUGGAGCUUGCAGCUCUCCUGAUCGAGAGGGGAGCUAACCUGGAGGAAGUCAAUGAUGAAGGCUACACUCCUCUCAUGGAAGCUGCCCGGGAAGGUCAUGAGGAGAUGGUAGCCUUGCUUCUGGCACAAGGGGCAAAUAUAAAUGCACAGACAGAAGAAACACAAGAAACAGCUCUUACUCUGGCAUGCUGUGGAGGGUUCUCUGAAGUAGCUGACUUCCUUAUCAAGGCAGGAGCUGAUAUAGAACUUGGCUGCUCAACACCUUUGAUGGAAGCUGCUCAGGAGGGUCAUCUUGAAUUGGUGAAAUACUUGCUGGCAGCAGGAGCCAAUGUUCACGCCACCACCGCCACAGGAGACACAGCUCUGACCUAUGCUUGUGAGAAUGGCCAUACAGAUGUUGCAGAUGUGCUGCUUCAGGCCGGUGCUGAUUUGGACAAGCAGGAGGACAUAAAGAAGACUGUUUUGGAGGGCAUAGAGCCGGGCAAGCAUCAGGAACACGAAUCUGAAGGUGGCAGAACCCCACUAAUGAAGGCUGCACGAGCUGGCCAUUUAUGCACUGUGCAGUUUCUUAUUAGCAAAGGUGCCAAUGUGAACAGGGCUACCGCUAAUAAUGACCACACGGUGGUGUCACUGGCAUGUGCAGGAGGCCACCUGGCAGUCGUUGAGCUCCUUCUGGCUCAUGGAGCAGAUCCUACUCACAGGCUCAAGGAUGGCUCAACCAUGCUCAUUGAGGCUGCCAAGGGAGGACACACCAAUGUUGUCUCUUACUUGCUGGAUUACCCUAACAACGUUCUGUCAGUUCCAGCAGCAGACUUGUCACAGCUCACACCUCCAUCUCACGAUCAGUCUCAGGUCCACCGUGUGCCAGUACAUACGCUUGCUAUGGUGGUACCUCCCCAGGAACCUGACAGGACUCCACAAGAGAACUCGCCACCUGUCCUGGGAGUGGUGAAAGGUGCAUCCAAGCAGAAGUCAAGUUCCCUGCAGGUAACAGAUAAGGACCUACUGCCACCUUUUCACCCAUACCAGCCUUUGGAAUGCAUAGUAGAAGAGACUGAAGGCAAGCUGAAUGAACUUGGACAGAGAAUUAGUGCCAUUGAAAAAGCACAGCUUAAAUCAUUGGAAUUAAUUCAAGGUGAACCUUUAAAUAAAGAUAAGAUUGAAGAACUUAAAAAGAACAGAGAAGAACAAGUACAGAAGAAGAAGAAAAUAUUGAAGGAGCUGCAGAAGGUGGAAAGGCAGUUGCAGAUGAAAACCCAACAGCAGUUUACCAAAGAAUAUUUGGAGACCAAAGGUCAGACAGACGCACCACUGCCCCUGCAGCAGCAGUGCCCACUUCCAGGGGUCUUCCCAGAAGUGGAAGCUGAUAAGGGUCUGCCAGAGGAUAACUUUUCAGGGUUACCUCAGGUUGACACAAUCUUGUCUAAAGAUGAUGAGCACCAACAGUCUCCAGCACCUACUGAACAAAUAGAUUUUGUCCCUAUCCAGCCUUUGCCAGCACCACAAUGUAAUUUUUCUGGUAAUUUAGGUUAUAAUGGGACAGAGUCUCUUGAACUUCAGAAAGCAUUAGGGAAUCAGCAGAAUGUAGGACAGCAGCAGCAGAUUGCUGGGCAGGGACUCUUAGUUCAAGAAGCAGACGGAUUAAUGAUUGCCACUCCAGCACAGACGCUUACCGACACUCUUGAUGACCUAAUAGCAGCGGUGAACAGCAGAGUGCCCAGUGGUUCCACCAGCUCCCUGCACACAGCCGAGUCCCCAGCGUCUGAGCCCUGCUCACAGGCAGCUGGCACUGUGCCCUCGCAGUCAGUGCUCCCCAUGUACCCUUCAGUUGACAUCGAUGCGCAUACUGAAAGCAAUCAUGACACGGCGCUGACACUUGCCUGUGCAGGAGGUCACGAGGAGCUGGUGUCUGUGCUGAUAGCACGUGGGGCCAAUAUUGAACACAGAGACAAGAAGGGUUUCACACCUUUGAUCCUGGCUGCGACUGCUGGGCAUGUUGGUGUAGUGGAAAUUCUGCUGGACAAGGGUGGGGAUAUCGAGGCACAGUCUGAGCGCACAAAGGAUACUCCUCUUUCAUUGGCGUGCUCUGGUGGGCGCCAAGAGGUGGUUGAUUUGCUGUUGGCCCGGGGGAGCUAAAAAAGACAUAGGAAUGUGUCUGAUUACACGCCACUGAGCCUUGCUGCUUCUGGUGGCUAUGUUAACAUCAUCAAGAUUCUUCUCAAUGCUGGGGCAGAAAUUAAUUCAAGGACUGGCAGCAAGCUGGGGAUCUCUCCUCUGAUGCUGGCCGCCAUGAAUGGCCACGUGCCUGCUGUGAAGCUGCUGCUGGACAUGGGCUCUGAUAUAAAUGCCCAGAUUGAGACCAACCGCAACACAGCCCUCACCCUGGCCUGCUUCCAGGGCCGAGCAGAGGUGGUUAGCCUGCUCCUGGACAGGAAGGCCAAUGUUGAGCACAGGGCAAAGACUGGUCUCACGCCUCUGAUGGAAGCGGCUUCAGGAGGAUAUGCAGAGGUUGGAAGAGUUCUCCUUGAUAAAGGAGCAGAUGUGAAUGCUCCACCUGUGCCUUCCUCGAGAGAUACAGCUUUAACAAUUGCAGCAGAUAAGGGUCACUACAAGUUCUGUGAGCUCCUAAUUAACCGAGGGGCACACAUUGAUGUUCGGAACAAGAAAGGGAACACCCCUCUGUGGUUAGCAGCUAACGGGGGCCACUAUGAUGUGGUGCAGUUGCUGGUACAAGCAGGAGCAGAUGUGGAUGCUGCAGAUAACCGGAAAAUCACACCUCUGAUGUCAGCGUUUCGCAAGGGGCACGUGAAAGUGGUUCAGUUCCUGGUGAAAGAAGUGAACCAGUUCCCUUCAGACAUCGAGUGCAUGCGCUACAUAGCAACCAUUACUGACAAGGACCUGUUGAAAAAGUGUCACCAGUGUGUGGAGACAAUUGUGAAAGCUAAAGACCAACAGGCUGCAGAAGCAAACAAGAAUGCAACUAUACUGUUGAAAGAGCUGGACCUGGAAAAAUCAAGAGAGGAAAGCAGAAAACAAGCCCUUGCAGCUAAAAGGGAGAAAAGAAAGGAAAAGAGAAAGAAGAAGAAAGAGGAACAAAAAAGAAAACAAGAAGAAGAUGAAGAAAACAAGCCUAAAGAAACUCUGGAACUGCAAGAAGAUGAUGAUGAUGAAGAAAAUGAUGAUGAAGCGGAGCAAGAAGUCCCUAUAGAGCCUCCCAGUGCAACUACUACAACUACAAUUGGAAUUUCUGCCACGUCAACCACUUUCACAAAUGCCUUUGGGAAGAAGAGAGCCAAUGUUGUGACCACCCCCAGCACAAAUAGAAAAAACAAGAAAAAUAAAACAAAAGAGACUCCUCAGAACAUGCAGAUCAUCCUGCCAGACCAGCAUAUAUCUUUAGCACAGCAAAAAGCAGAUAAAAAUAAAAUAAAUGGAGAGCCAAGAGGCGGUUGUGCAAGUGGGAACAGUGACUCAGAUAACCUGGACAGCACAGACUGCAACAGUGAAAGCAGCAGUGGGGGAAAGAGCCAGGAGCUGAACUUCACAAUGGACACCAACUCCUCAGAGCGGCGCUACACCUCCCUGCUCAGCCCCUCUCAGGAUGACAAACCUGGUGCCUUGACUCCAAAAGCUCCAGCCAGGAAGGAAGAAGUUGAUGACUCUGAGCAUUUCACCUGCCAGGUUGAUGGCCAGUUUGAUUUAACCUUGUCAAGCCAGAGGCUUGAUGGUGAAUCUCAUUCAAAUUCUUUGUCAACUACUUACAAAUCUGUUUCCCUGCCUCUGACCUCUCCUAAUGUGAAGCUGAAUCUCACUAGUCCAAAAAGAGGCCAGAAAAGAGAAGAAGGCUGGAAAGAAGUGGUUAGAAGGCAAGUGGGCAGAGUUUUGAAAGACCCUGCCCCUAGCAGCACUCUGCAGCCAGCACCAAUGGAGCAAUUUCAGCUGCAGAGGGGAGGCCGCUGCUGUUCAGGAGCAAAAAGGUCAAAGAAAUUAUCUGUGCCAGCUUCCGUCGUGUCUAGAAUAAUGGGAAGAGGAGGAUGCAACAUCACAGCAAUUCAGGAUGUCACUGGUGCCCAUAUUGAUGUUGAUAAACAAAAAGAUAAGAAUGGAGAGAGAAUGAUCACUAUAAGGGGUGGAACGGAGUCAACGCGAUAUGCAGUGCAGCUCAUUAAUGCCCUUAUUCAAGAUCCUGCCAAGGAGCUGGAAGACCUGAUCCCUAAAACUCACAUAAGAGCACCUGCUUCCAACACCAAAUCAAUCCAUGCAAACUUCUCAUCUGGGGUCAGCACUGCCACCGCUUCCAAUAAGAACUCCUUCCCCCUGGGAGCACCACCCCUGGUCACCUCGCAGUCGUCUUCGCUCUCCACUUUCCAGCCUACAAACAAACUGAACAAGAAUGUCCCAGCCAACGUGCGCUCGUCCUUCCCGGUGUCUCUUCCUCUGGCUUACUCUCACCCUCAUUUUGCCUUGCUGGCUGCCCAAACUAUGCAACAGAUCCGGCACCCUCGCCUACCUAUGGCCCAGUUUGGAGGAACCUUUUCACCUUCGCCGAACACUUGGGGACCGUUCCCAGUGAGACCGGUAAACCCUGGCAGCACGAACAGCUCUCCAAAGCAUAAUAGUUCCAGUCGCGUCGGUAGUCAGAAUGGAAACAUUUUGCAGACUGAGUCUUCUGGAUUAGCUACUUCCAGCUGUCCAGUCACUGCCUCUUCUGUAGCCGCUUCCACCCAGCCGCUGUGUGCAACCAGCAGCCGGACUCCCUCCUCAGUCCGGAAGCAGCUGUUUGCCUGCGUCCCCAAGACGAGCACUGCAGCAACGGCGAUCUCGACCGUGACGAGCACCUGCAACACUCUGCCUUCAGCUUCCUCCAACCCUGCCAGCAAUGGGCAGGUGCCCACACCGUUCCUGCCAGCCAGCACGCCACCGCAGCAUCCCGCACUUAAGGCAGACUCCUUCCCGGCUGCUUCGGCACCCAAGGAGAAGGCGUCGCCACCAGAGCCGCCCGCGGCCAGCCUGUGCACGCAGCCCUCCUCUGCCAGCAGCUGCAGCGCGCCAGCUGGCAGCAGCUCGGGAGGCACUGAAACUUGCACCACCAGCAGCCCCGCGCCGCUGAACAGUGCCCAAGAUGACAUCCUGCCAACCAGCAUGGCAGAGAUCAGCCCUUCGAUGUCGAUGCCUUUUUCGUCCAGCUCAGAAACUGCACCUUUAAGCUUAGCAUCAUCCAGGUCAGUUGUUGCAGAUAAUCAGGACAACAGUAACUUACCUCAAGUAGCUGUACCAGCACCUCGAGUUACACACAGGAUGCAGUCCAGAGGUUCUUUCUAUUCAGUGGUACCAAAUGCAAACCUUCAUCAAGAUCCUCAGUCUAUUUUUGUUACAAAUCAAGUUCCUUUAACACCUUCUCAAGGUCCACCUGCUGCAGUGCAGCUUUCAUCAGCAGUGAACGUUGUGAAUGGUUCUCAGAUGCACAUUAACCCAGCAAACAAAUCAUUGCCUCCUACCUUUGGGCCAGCAACACUCUUCAAUCACUUUAGUAGUCUUUUUGAUAGUAACCAGGUGCCGGCUAACCAAGGAUGGGGAGACUGUCCACUCUCUACCCGAGCAGCAGCUGACCCACCUUUUACAGUUCAGUCCACCUUUCUGAAUAACUCUGUGCUAGGACAUAUGGAAAAUGUGCAUCCUGACAACUCCAAGGCUCCUGGUUUCAGACCAGCUUCCCAGCGAGUUUCAACUAGUCCUGUAGGUGAAUCUCCUAUUCCAUCAGUUUCCUCAGGAUCACCUUCACCCCUUUCAGCUGCCUCUGCACCUUCCAACUUGGGCCAGCCAAAAACGGGUAAUGCCAACCCAGACCGAAAGGUGCCUCCUCCCAUUGGGACAGAGCGGCUGGCACGGAUCCGGCAGGGAGGCUCUGUCACUCCCACGCCCUUGGGAACCAACUUCACAGCUCCUGUCGGGCACAGUGGCAUCUGGUCCUUCGGAGUCAACAGUGUCUCUGAAGGUUUGUCAGGCUGGUCUCAGCCUGUCAUGGGAAGUCAUCCGAUGCAUCAGCAGCUAUCAGACCCAGGCACAUUUUCUCAGCAUCAGCCAAUGGAGAGAGAUGAUUCUGGAAUAGUGGCUCCCUCAAAUAUUUUCCACCAACCUAUGCCAAAUAGUUUUGUGGAUUUUUCUAAAGGCCUACCCAUUUCCAUGUACGGCGGCACUCUGAUACCCUCACAUCCUCAGCUAGCGGAUGGCCCCGGAGGCCCCCUCUUUAAUGGGCUCCAUACUCCAGAUCCUGCCUGGAAUCCCAUGAUCAAAGUUGUGCAGAACUCAACAGAAUGUACUGAUGCUCAGCAGAUUUGGCCUGGCACCUGGGCACCUCACAUUGGAAACAUGCAUCUCAAGUACCCACAUCAUCUACGACCACAAGUUCCUGCUGGAGUGCAAGAAUUCACUCGUGGCCAGGACCCCUCUCUGCUGCCUGCCCCAGAUCCCCGGUGUCACAUCCCUGGCCCAGUCCAGCCUCGUCAAGCCGGAGGAGGUCAAGGAGCAGAAUGAGAGCCAAGAAACCAUGCCAGAUCAAGACCAGUUUGAGAUGGACAUCUGAGUUUCCAGCUCCCUGUUUCCAGGCCAUGGCUGCGCCUGUGGGCCGAAUGGAGGUGCUGGCACCAUGACCAGCUGGCUACAGCCCUCUGAUGCUGGGGAUGGAUGUGUGACACCUCAGGCUCUAGCACAACUGGCUGGUGCAAUUGCCUAGGAGCUCAUGCUUGAUCAAUAAACACCAUGAAACCCC